CUGUCGUGCACAGUUCGCAUAUGAACAGAGCUCUUGGUUUACAAAGCUACUACGGCUAAAGUACCCGAGGCCACAAGUGCUCUGGCGGGCCGGCCGAACCCGUCUCAUGCCACUCAUCGCAGGGAUGCCCUUAGAAACAGUGGGUGUCAUGUGACAUUACAAACAAGUAGAACACAGCUGACCCCUUUGGCCUCGGGCUGCUAUGGGCCUAAAUUCGUGUCAAGGGAGGGAGAACAUGACACUGUUGAUCUUUGAUUUUCGGGCCGGGCUAUUGGCCUCGGCUAUGUCUCCUCUGUACCUGGGUCCAUUGGUAUUUGUUUCGUACUUUGAUGUCAACCCGAGAGCCACCAGAGCCACUGGCUGUUUUAAUUCAACAUAAAUGACGUCUGAAGAACAGUCGUCGACACAUUGGCAUGUCGACUGAAGCAGAAGAUGUAUUUCAAUUCACAUGGUCACAUGGUCCAGAAUGUCCACAAUUAAGGGAUCUCCUAAGGAAUCGCUGUACUUAUUCAACUAUCACCAAAUUGUUUGCAAUGUAUUAUAUUGUAUGUGCUGCAGUAAGAGAAAAAAAACUCUUAAACAUAGGACUUCUUUUCUAAAUUUUAACAUUUUUUUAUUGCCUACGGACAUAUGUCAUUCAUUCAUAUUAUGUGACUAAUUAGAAUUUCCAUAUAUAUGUAUUAUUAUUAUAUAUUUUUUAUUUUUCUGCCGUAUCCUUUACUCCCGCCUCCGCUGUGACGUUGAAUUUGGGGCGGUGCGUGAUCGACGUUCUGCAAAAAAAAUGCAUCCGACGCCAAUAGGCCAGCCUUGGCCACGUGACACGCAGCAGCCAAUACGGGCAGGAUAGGAAGCGUAAAAAAAGAAGAAGCUCAGCCUCAUACUAGGGCUGUGCAAACGAAUAGCGGUGACGUGACGUCAUGAGCCGUGCUGUGUUGUCACCAGCUGUUGUCUGGAAAACGAAGGGGGGAGAAAAAAAAAGUGUCCGUGUCGACACGAGCGCACCCGCGUACACGUAUAGACACACAAAACACGCACAGCUGCUCGCUUCCGAGCCGAGAGACGGUACCGGAUGACCGGCGGGAAAGCACCGGAGCCUCCACAGUCCGCCGGUGCUGGUAGAGCCGUUACGUAACCGAAGGCAUCGAUGAGACGACGGUGAUAACGGACCAGUGCCGAUACAGGUCGGAGUUGAAGACAUUGCCCUCCUCUGCUCAGACUCAUUGUGGGUUCAACCCCAUCCGGCCACGUCGCACCGGGCAGCAGGAGUGCCCCCCCCCCCCCCUCUCCCCGCCAAGGCUAAGCGCCACCACCAGCGCCGUCGCCAUGAACGUGGGCACGGCGCACAGCGAGGUGAACCCAAACACCCGCGUGAUGAACAGCAGGGGCAUGUGGCUGUCCUACAUCCUGGGCAUCGGCCUGCUGCACGUCAUCCUGCUCAGCGUCCCCUUCGCCAGCGUGCCCGCCGUCUGGACCCUCACCAACCUCAUCCACAACCUGUGCAUGUACCUCCUGCUCCACGCGGUCAAAGGGACGCCCUUUGAGACCCCGGAUCAGGGCAAGGCUCGCCUCAUGACGUACUGGGAGCAGAUGGACUACGGCGUGCAGUUCACGGCUUCGCGCAAGUUCCUCACCAUCACGCCGAUUGUCCUGUACAUUCUGACCAGCUUCUACACCAAAUACGACCGGGCCCAUUUCGUGGUCAACACGCUCUCUUUGCUCACGGUGCUCAUCCCCAAGCUGCCCCAGCUGCACGGCGUGAGGAUCUUUGGGAUUAAUAAGUACUGAUGAGGGGGAAGAAGACGCCCCCCCCCCCCUCUUCGGUGGACCAGCCGAGCGCACGUCACGAGGACUUUUGGAUUUUUGGAUUUGUGGCUCUGACCGAAGCCCACUGCGGCCAUGAGACCAGAUACUCUUCUUUCUCACAGACACUUUGAAGAAGAAGAAGAAAAAAAGCGUUGUGAUUUGUUCCAUUUCUGCUGAUGUGUCGCACGCGCAUCGCGUGCCGUGUCACACCCGAAGGCUGUAAUCAGAAGUUAUUUGGUCUCCCAACGCCACGCUUUGCUUCGAGGAGCGAAACAAUACUUUAAUGACAUGGUGCAGGGGGGGAGGGGGGAGGGGGCGAGACGCGAGAAACCCACACGGUUCUAUAUUUAGAGCCCAGACCGCAGAGUACAGGCGCUUUGUAUCGGAAUCUGACCACUUCCAUAUUUGGACUGCCCUUGUCCUGGCUGGUGUCUGCAGGAACACAUGAUGUCAGUAACAGGACUCUCAGUUUGACAUCUGGGACCCGGAGUUCCACACAGACGCUAAUGCUCCUUUCACAGCCUCAUUGUGUUUGAUUGGGUGCAGAUGUUGAAAUUCUCCCUUCUUUUCCCCCCAGCGCGUCGAUGGGAUUUAGGAUGCAUGGAAGCGGCGGUUAUACAGUAGCAUGUACUGAAGGGAUUAAUGUCACCGCACCGGCUGCUCUGUAUUGGAGUAAGAAUGUCUGACGGCAACAUAGUUCUUGUUCCUUUUUAUGAAAACAAGUGUUUCCUCCAUUGCGAGUCCAGUGCUUCUGUGCGAUCUUGUUUCUAGCAGCGGAGGUCCGACGAGUCCGUGGAGCGGAUCAGAAUGUUGAUGUAAUAAUAUUAAAGGGGAAAUAGGACGCCCACAUUCAGGUUCACACUUGUGUUUUGGGUUUCUACUAGAACAUGUUUACACGCUUAAAUGCUGGAGAUCUCUUUGGGCCGAUGAAAAGUACAGUUGAAAGAAAAACCGAUAAAUGUAGGAAACAUCAGAGUAAUGUUUUGAAACUAUGUUGCUGCUGCCUCGAUAAGCAAAACGAGACUGAAGGUCUUCUUUCUUUAAUGGGAAAUAUGUUAAAUUAGGAGUAGUAGUACCAGUAGUAGCCAUAGUAGCAUAAAAACUAAUAUUACUGACGGGGCACAGUCAGUAAGUGCAAAUAUCAGUCUCAUCUUUUGUGUAAGACAAAAGGACAUUAAACCAUCAUCAUGUGAUUUAUGAUUCUUCAUAUGAAUUUAUCGCUGAACCUUAAACAAGCUCUGUUGUUGUCUGGUAGAAGGAUUGAUAAAGUGCUUUUAAGGAGCGCUUACUCUCUUGGAAGAAGGUCGAUGCGACGCGAUGUCUUUUGUUUGUUGAUCAGUGAUCUUCUGUCUCACCCAAAAUACACUCAUUUUUAAGCAUCAGCUCAAAGCCCUUUCUUGUUUUUGUGCUGUUGUCGUGUCGGAUUGAGGACAUUUGUCGGAUUCAACAGGACACACAAAGCAUUUUAUAUUGGUUUAUUAACAGUUAAAUGAACAGAGCUCAUUGGCACCUUUUAUCACCAAUAAGUCGUAAAGUUCGAGCCUCCGAUAGAUGUUACCAUACAUCUCCGUACCUCUUUUAUUUCACACCGGUUGCCUCGACGCCGGCUGCUCCGCUAAUAAUCCACUUUUAUCCCGGCGCUGCAAGCCGAUACAGGCGCUGUCUCUGCGUCACGCAACACCGCAGCCUCGUUUAAACAUUGAUUCAGUGAAAGUAGUGACGAGCCCCUCGGAGUCGAUUUAUAAACUCUGGUAUUAACCAUCAGGCAGUUCGACGUGAUCACCGCUUGUUCUGUGCAUGAGGGAGGCAGGGAAGUGGAAUUUAUCGAUGAACAUGAACAUCGCAGUUAGCGUUUAAAAGAAUCCUUCUGACUCUAAUGUUGACGUAAAUGAGUAAUUCUUCAGUAUGACAAAGUUACACAAAGGGGUUCACAUAAAACAUGUCACUGUGCACCUUCUAACCCCCUUAAUGAGUUUACUGAAUUAGAUAUUGCUGCUGUUGGACAAGAUAUUUAAAAAUGUAAAUAUAUAUUUUAAAUCCUCCACAAAACCUUUUUUUUUUUUAAAGGAAUUUAUGAGAAAGGGAACAUUGCUUUUCUCUUAAAAACGAAAUGGCGAGGUUUCUAUCUAAUAUAAGAAGCAGGCAUGUUUGUGGAAUCAUCUCUAUUACAUUAAAAUAAAUAAAUACCUUUUCCCCCCCCCAUGCAUUCGCAAAAUGUUUUGGUUUUGAGCUUUAAGAGGCCGGCGCCUUAGGAGCUCUGUGGUUCCUUAACGUAGUACUGGAGCAAACACAGGAUCCCUCCAGCAGAGGGCAGCAGACCGCUGUCAUCGGCCUUAAUGUGAAGCUCAAAUUAUUGGUCUCCUUUCUCUCUCUUGUCUUUGUGUCCACAGGUUUUCUCAUUCACUCCUGCGUGCUCAUCCACAUGCGCGGCCUCGUGCACGUCACCGGAACAGACCCUAACCCCCCCCCC